AUGUCCUGCUCCAGCCUGAGUGUCCCUUCCUGUGGGGUGGCCACCCCGUACCCGCUGGCUGACACCACCAACGAGCCCUGCGUACGUCAGUGCCAGAGCUCCACGGUGGUGAUCCAGCCCCCGGCUUCGGUGGUCACCUUCCCCGGUCCCAUCCUCAGCUCCUUCCCACAGCACAGCGUUGUGGGCUCAGCGGGAGUCCCCGCCAUUGCCGGGGGCUACGGCGGCAGUUUUGCAGGCUAUGGUGGUUAUGGAGGCCUUGGUGGCUACGGGGGCUAUGGAGGCCUUGGGGGCUAUGGAGGGUAUGGAGGCUAUAGUAGCUGUGGAGGCUAUGGAUGCCUUGGUGGCUAUGGAGGCUACGGAGGCUUUGGAGGCUGCGGAUAUGGUGGCUGGGGCCUAGGCCUCAGGUCCUUCAGUGCCUGGUGUGGGAGCUGCUAA